AAACAUUUACAGAUCUCCCCUUGUGUACACCUUACAGGACACUAUCUACAAACCCUUCAGAUUAUCAUGGACCGUCGUUACAGGAUUUCCUUUUUGACGCUUUUUCUCGCCGGUUGUCUACAAGGAAACCCAAUUCCCAGACUCCUAGCUGGAAUCGAUUAUCUAGAAGAAAAUAUUACAUGUCCAGAUUCAGUCUUCUAUACACCAACUGAUGUAGAGGAUAGUUGCAUUGUUGCAGCAUUGGCCUGUUCCAUUAAGGAACUGGACACUGUGAAAGUAGAAUGCCUCGAUAAAGCGGUCCAUCUGGAAAGUAUGCAACACCACAUCAGCAUGACUGCCACGGCCCUACAAAAGACGAUUGAUAAGGAGAACAGCACAACGGACACUUCAGAAUGCAUCUGUGAAGACAAGCGGUUGGAAAAGUCUUUCAAGGACUUCAUUCAGAACAUAAGACAUUUAACUCAAGCUCAUGCUGCAAAGCGUCUAAGUUCAUAAAUGCUGGCAAUAGAGUGACUGUUGUAAUAUAUGGAACAUUACGUAAUUGGGACAAAAUACAUGCCAUACCAACAUG